AUGGAACCCCGAACCAUGGCGUACAUGGUGGCUGCGGUGGCACUGGAGGUGGCACUAUUGGCCCCACUCUGCAAAGCAGUGUGGGCACACCGCAGCCAAUUGUUGGAGAUAUUGAACUGGUCUAUCCGAUCAGUAAAGCUUUCUUUGUGCGUGGGACGCUUAAGUGGCCGCGAUCAACACGUUUCAGAAGGAAUUCUUGAAUACCGUUGCUGGGUGGCAGACCGUAUGCUUGCUUACUUGCUAGCCGUGUGCACCGUGGCAAUCUUCACGAUUCAGGUCAAUCUCCUGGCAGGUGGGGAGCAGUGGCUCGCGGAGGGGCAAAGGUGGGUACUGCUUGGCCUUACCGCCGGCAUGGUGGUAGCGCGGCAGAUGCCCAACUUGGUGAAAUGGCGAUUGAACGGGCUCUACAUCCUGUUUGACCUGGCCACCCUGCUUUAUGUCACGCCCUGGAUGGUACCACCAGAGAAGUUUGCACCUGGGCACUGGGCUAUCUAG